ACCCCCCACCCAAUCCGACGGUUCCAGGAUCGUAGCGGCUCUCUCAAAUCUGACUUACAGUGGCAGUGGGAAGACAAGAUGAUAUUACUAAAUUAGGGAAGACAGACAUCGGAAAAUGUGCCCAAGACUCAAGAUUCCCUGCAGAGAGACAGCCAUAACUUGGCCUCCCUUAAGCUGUCAAGCACCUCCCAACCCAAAUUCAAAACCUUACUCGCUGUCUUUCUCUCUGCUCAGACCUCUAUUUAUACUCACUGAAAGCGUCACCUCCUUCCAUCACUCGGUAGCUUCCUUUGUGUUUGCUCUGUCACAGCAAUGGCUCCUAAAGCCAUGGCUUUCCUGCUGGCCACUCUCCUCCUGCUCACCACCAAGGUUUCUUCGAGUGAUGAGAAACAAACUAACAAGAUUAAGGAUCCUCCAGUCACAAAUGGUCACCUGGGAUUGGCCCCAGCUCAUAGCCCGGCCAAGGCACCGGCAUCGGCCCCUCAGCUGUCAGCAAAGCCCCCGACGAGCCCCGUGAUGCCCCCAGUGAAGUCUAAAGCAGAUUGCAUCCCACUGUGUGACCGGAGGUGUCAGCUCCACUCGAGGAAGAGGCUGUGCAUGAGGGCCUGCAUGACAUGCUGUGACCGCUGCAGGUGCGUGCCACCAGGGACGUACGGCAACCAGCAGAUGUGCGGGAAGUGCUACACCAACAUGACCACCCAUGGCAACCGUAUCAAGUGCCCCUGAACACAACAAAUUAUCAUAUCACAUGUUUCUUCCUAUGAAAGAAUGAAUCUGUGUUCUUCAUUCAUAAUCUGUAAUUCUUCUGUGCUUCUUCAUGUUCUCAUUUUGCUGAGGAUCUAUCCUCCGGAGGCCCCUGCUAUAAAUCUGGAAGGUUAGGGGUGUGGGAAAUAAAUUGUUUUCCAUUCAACUCUAAUGUAUCAGAAUCAGCAAUGCAGAGUUUUUGUUCAUCAAUGCAGAAUGCAUGUUUAUCCCGAUUACGAAUUUGAGUCGGGUA